AUGUUCUGUAUCGAGGGCCUUACUCCCGAGCUGGACCCGGAGGAGAUGAAACGGAAGAUGCGCCAAGAUGUGAUCUCCUCCAUAGGGAACUUCCUUAUCUACGUGGCCCUGCUGCGAGUCACUCCUUUUAUCUUAAAGACAUUGGACAGCAUAUAA